AUGCAUCCCCUCCUGGGAGCGCUGCUGGUGGCGGGGGAGCGGCGGCGGCGGUGGUGCUGGUGGCCGCCGUGCUGGGGCCCGGCGGCGCGGCACGCGGCGGCAUGGGCGGGCGCGCUGGCGCUGGCCGUCUCCGUGGCGUCGUUCGCGCCCGAGGCCGCGUUCGUGUGGGCGCUGACCGGCGGCGGCGGCGGCGGCCUGUGCCCCGCCGGGGCGGUGCGCGUGCCGCUCGACGGCGGCGGCGACCACGUCUGCGUGCCGGCGAGGAUGGCCGGCCGGACCUGCGCGGACAUCCUCGUGCCGCCCGCCUUCGCGGCGCUCUCCGUCGGCGCCUCCGCCGUCUUCGUCAGGGCGCUCGCCAUCGGCCGCCGCCACGACUUCUAG